UCCCCAAGCGCGCAGCGAGAUGUGUGAUCAGCAGAAGCAAUCCCAGACCCUACCCCCUCCCUUAGUGAAAGGGGUCGGGCCCUCUCCUGUUCAGGUGACCAAGGGCCCGGCGCCAAAUCCGAUCGAAGCCCUCGUGAAGUGCCCGCCGCCGCGCCCGACUCAAACCUACGUGAAGUGCCCACCGCCGUGCCCGACUCAAACCCUCAAGUGCCCGCCGCCGUGCCCCAUUCAAACCUACGUGAAAUGCCCGCCUCCGUGCGUGACUCAAACCUACAUGAAAUGCGCCCCACCGUGCGGGCCUCAGAACAUCGUCAAAUGCCCACCGCCGUGCCAGACUCAAACGUGCUACGUCCAGUGCCCGGCCCCGUGCCCUCCCAAAUGCCCGCCGCCGUGCCCCAUCCAAAAAUGUUACGUUCAGUGCCCGGCCCCGUGCCAGGCGCCAACUUACUACAUCCAGCGCCCGCGUCAGACCUACUACGUGCCACAGCGCCCGGCCUGGCGCCCGGCUCCGCAGUGUUGCCCACCGCCGUGCCCUCGCCCGGCGGCCCCGAGCUGCUGCUCUUCCUCCUCCAGUUGCUGUAACCUGGCACCUCGCAGUUUCGGCAUCCGCCCCCUGCGCCGCUGGGUGCGCGGCCCCGAGUGCUGCGACAAUAGUUGCGGUGGCUACGGGGACGAAUGCGAAGACUCGGGCUGCUGCCUGGGCAUCAUUCCCAUGCGUGCCAGCGGGCCGGCCUGCUGCGAGGAUGAAUGCUGAGACGAUCGGGGAAGAGGAGGAGGCGAGGCUCCGUCGACAAAGCCACGAGGAGGGGGAUUCAUCUCCCCAACUCCUCCCUCCACCCAA